CAUCCUGCCGGCCACAGAGGCAGGGCAUGGAUCUAUUACAGGCAGGGACCUGCGCGGGGCAGGACCGUGGGUGAUGCUCUUCGUCUCCAGCUGACUGUGAUGAUGAGGAGGAAGAGAUGAGCAGCAGCUCGUCCGUCGCGAUCGACCCGCGGCGGCUCUUCUUCUCCAGCUGUGCGUAAUUGGAACCUGUUGAUGCGUAAAGGUCUGCGCGUCUCCGUGACGCGCCUUCUCCGUCCUCCUCCUCUUCAUCCUCUCCCCCCUCCUCUUCCUCCGGGCCGGCGACGCCCCGCGCUGCGGCCCUCAGACCCCGUGAACAUGGCCGAGCCUGGUCCGGAGCCCGGCCCCGGCCCCCGCGGCCCCCGGGGGCCCUGUGCCCCGCGGCCGUGGGGCCUCGCCUGCCUGCUGCUGCUGCUGCUGCUGCUCGUCCCGGGCUCCCAGGGGUCGCAGGACCUGCUGGGGACCCCCGGUCCGGACCCCAGCCACCAGCCGGACAACUCCAGCGGCCACGGCAAGGCUUUCCCCGUGCUGGACUUCAACUACGAGCACGUUAAGAAGCCGUUCGAGAUCUCGCUGUGGAUCCUGCUGGCGCUGCUCAUGAAGCUGGGUUUUCACAUCAUCCCCCGAGUGUCCAACGUGGUCCCGGAGAGCUGCCUGCUGAUCUUCGUCGGCCUGCUGGUCGGCGGCAUCAUCAAGGCCAUGGACGAGAAGGCCCCCGUGCUGGACUCCACCUUCUUCUUCCUGUACCUGCUGCCUCCCAUCAUCCUGGACGCCGGCUACUUCCUGCCCAUCCGGCCCUUCACGGAGAACCUGGGCACCAUCCUGGUGUUCGCCGUGGUGGGGACGCUGUGGAACGCCUUCUUCGUGGGCGGGAUGAUGUUCGCCGUGUGCCGGAUCCAGGCGGCCGGCGUGGCCCACGUGGACCUGCUGUCCUGCCUGCUCUUCGGCUCCAUCAUCUCGGCCGUGGACCCCGUGGCGGUGCUGGCCGUGUUCGAAGAGAUCCACAUCAACGAGCUGCUGCACAUCCUGGUGUUCGGGGAGUCGCUCCUCAACGACGCCGUGACCGUGGUCCUUUAUCACCUGUUCGAGGAGUUCUCCCACGCCGGGACCGUGACCGUCAUGGACGCCUUCCUCAGCGUCGUCUCCUUCUUCGUGGUCUCCCUGGGGGGCAUCAUGGUGGGAGUCAUCUACGGCAUCCUGGGCGCCUUCACGUCCCGCUUCACGUCGCACACCCGCGUCAUCGAGCCCCUGUUCGUCUUCCUGUACAGCUACAUGGCGUACCUGUCGGCGGAGGUGUUCCACCUGUCGGGGAUUAUGUCUCUGAUUGCAUGUGGCGUGGUCAUGCGGCCCUACGUGGAGGCCAACAUCUCCCACAAGUCCUACACCACCAUCAAGUACUUCCUGAAGAUGUGGAGCAGCGUGAGCGAGACGCUCAUCUUCAUCUUUCUGGGAGUUUCCACGGUGGAGGGACCUCACAACUGGAACUGGACCUUCGUCUCAUUCACGCUCCUCUUCUGUUUGCUGUCCAGGGUGUUGGGGGUGAUCGGUCUCACGUUCAUAAUCAAUAAGUUCCGCAUCGUGAAGCUGACCAAGAAGGACCAGUUCAUCGUGGCCUACGGCGGCCUGCGCGGCGCCAUCGCCUUCUCGCUGGGCUUCCUGCUGACCGACAGCGAGACGAAGAACAUGUUCCUCACCGCCAUCAUCACCGUCAUCUUCUUCACCGUCUUCGUGCAGGGAAUGACGAUCAGGCCUCUGGUGGAGCUGCUGGCCGUGAAGAAGAAGGAGGAGAGCAAAGGAUCAAUAAACGAGGAGAUUCACACACAGUUCCUGGAUCAUCUCCUGACGGGAAUUGAAGACAUCUGUGGGCAUUACGGACAUCAUCACUGGAAGGACAAGAUCAACCGCUUCAACAAGUCCUACGUGAAGAAGUGGCUGAUCGCUGGCGAUCGAUCCACCGAGCCUCAGCUCAUCUCCUUCUACAACAAGCUGGAGAUGAAACAGGCCAUGAUGCUGGUGGAGAGCGGCAGCGCCGCCAAGCUGCCGUCCAUCGAGUCCACCGCGUCCAUGCAAAACAUCCAGCAACGAGUGGCGGCCAAGCGAAGAGCCAUGCCGAGCAUCUCCAAGUCCCGCGAGGAGGAGAUCAGGAAAAUCCUGCGACGCAACCUGCAGACGACCCGGCAGAGGCUCCGCUCGUACAGCCGCCACGACCUCUUCAGCGACCCGUAUGAGGACGACGUGAGCGAAAUUCGCUUCAGGAAGCAGCGGGUGGAGAUGGAAAGGGAGAGGAGGAUGAGCCACUACCUCACGGUCCCUGCGAACCGCCAGGAGACGCCCUCCGUGAAGAAAGUCUGGUUUGAACCAGAGCACAAGGUUUACACGUACGACAGCGGCGAGAGCGCCGGCGGCCGAGCCGCUCCACCGGACCCCGGUCCCCCGGACACCGUCGGCCUGCUGGACGAGUCGUCCCAGAAACAGAGCGCCGCGGCGCCCGAAGCCGACGCCGAGCAGAGAGAGAGGAAGUCCCGGCGCCUCAGUGAUCCGGGUCCGAACAAGGAUGAGGAAGGAGGCGUUUCCUUCGUGCUGUGAGAACCGGCAGAAGUCAUCGUCGUCCACGAUCUGAAGCCCGGCUUGAUAUUUAUUUCCUAUAUUGGUUUGGCAUCUGUUCAGCAUCAUCAUGAUGGUUGUGUUCUGUUGCCAAAGCUGCACCGCAGGACGUUUCAGGCUUCCAAGGAAGCCAUUAAACUGCCAUACAGAUGGGGCGAAGCUCUCGUCUGAACUAGCUUGAAAGACUUUUCCACCCUCGAAGCACAAAGUUAGGAUCAUUUUAAUCUGGACGGUGAUGGAGUGAAACAUCAGGGCUGAUGUGUUAGAAGCAGCUGCAGAAAUACUUGAACAAUGUCUUUAACUCUCAGAAGGAUCAGGAAGGUUCACUUUUGCCUCUCGUUCACUAAGUAAACUCUAUGGAUUCAGAUGAAAUCAUCCGUGAUGUUUAGAAGAUGAACCUUGCCGUCAUCCUUCGCCGACUCUAGUGUCACUACAUUAACUGCCAUGUUUGGACCCAUCAGGCUGAGCUUUACUGACCCUGGCACCAUCAUCGGGUCGGAGUGGCAUUUUAAGUCUGAAUAUCUCAGUUUCAACCAAAACGGGGGAGAAACGAUCCAGAAUUAGGAGGACGGUCUUCUUUUUCAUGGUUUUCUGUCACAGGUGAUGCAUGAAAUGAAAAAGCUUUCUUGCGGCAGGAACCCGUAAAAGUAAAGGCUAUUAUUUUGGUUUCCAGAUGGAGACUUCUGCUCAUUCUUUAGUGUAGAGUUUAGGUCAGAGGAGAUGUUUGAAAAAAGUAUUCGGAUUUUUAUACAUCUACAAAUCCACGAAGAAGAAAGUUUAAAGGAAAAUCGUGGCCAAAACGGGUCGGAGUGUCAUUUUAAGUCUGAAUAUCUCAGUUUCAACAAAAAAGGGGGGAGAAACGAUCCAAAAUUGGGAGGAAGUUAUUCUUUUUCAUGGUUUUCUGUCACAGAUGAUGCCUGAAAUGAAAAAGCUCUCCUGUGGCAGCAACCGUACAAGUAUAAGCUAUUAUUUUUGCUUAUUAGUUUAGGUCAGAGGAGAUGUUUGAAAACAGUAUUUCGAUUUUUAUACAUUUACAAACCCACGAAGAAGAAGGUUUAAAGGAAAAUUGUGGCCAAAACACGUCUGAGUGCCUCCAAAACUUCAUAAAUUAUCUUUUUAAGGCUGCUUGAGUCUGUUUCCUUCAGCAUGCCUCGUCCGGGUGAAAGCUGCUCUUCAUCUUGUGGGCACUUAUUAACAAAAACAUGCAUAGACUGGACUUGUGUGCUUAAUGCCGUGAAUUUGUCCCUCUGCUGCUGCUAAGAAGCUUUCUGCAAGAUCAUUUUGAGGGAAAAACCAAAAAAAAAGUAAAGCAUUCCAUGAUGAUCAGCCUCAGCGAUAACAGGUAUUACAGGUGUUGCACGUAACAAGCGUCGUCCUGUCCUACGAAGCACAGUUCUGCUGAUUCAGGCUUUAAAAAAACCUCUAAACCAUCUACCUGUGUUGCGCGACCAAAGUCUGGGCGUCUCCCAGAUGUUGCUGCAUGAUCGGUGUUUUUCUCAGGGAUUCCUGCAUCCAGACGCCGCCCGCUGAAAGAAAACCCCGUCUAAAACCUUGCUGCUUGCCUCGGUCCGAGUAAACGGGUUCUUGUAUUUCAGCAUGUUUAAAAGCUCGUUUCUGUAAAAGCACGACCCGAGACUUGUGUCCAGAGGUCAAAGAGACGACCGCCGCCUCGUGCCUGCACCACUGGACCGCCUCAACAUGUUUGCCUUAAAAUGUACCGCUUCUCAGUGUGAUGUUUUUAUAUUUUGCAAAACAGCGUGUUGUAAACAUUUGUCAAAUGAAGGAGAGUUGUUAUUUAUGUGUGUAAUAAAGGCUUGUUCUGUUUGUU